CAAUUCAUAAAUCAAAAGCGAAAAAAGGACAAAUUCUGUACAGGCGUCGUCAUUGUUAUUGAUAUUCUGCUGAUUCGAUUCAUCAGUAGGAGCGUUAGUUGGUUCCAUUGUAAACAAAUUAAGGACAGUAGCUGCAAUAUGGAGUCCAUAUAUUCAUGCGAGAUAUAGCGGUUUUAAGGAGUAAAUAACAUUAUUGACAUAUUCUUAGGCGUGUCUAUGUUUUGGUUUUUUUUUUGAUUGUUUGUUGCCAAAAAUAUCAUUCCAAGAUAAUUAAUUAAUGACUAGAUAAUAAUCAUGUCCAUAUCAGCAUCAUCAUCAUCAUCAUCCGCAGCACGUCAAAUGUCUCGUCAUUCGAUGACAUUUCGAUCACCAUCGAAGAAUUUUCCAACAACCCUUUUGGAAAUGGUGAAAGAACGGUCAUUACAUUUUACCGAAUUUCUUACCAAUCGUUUAUAUUUUGCCACCGUAUCCGAAGUGAAUUUGAAUUUAUUCCUAAAAAAAUCCGAUUCGAUCGUAUGUUUUCUACAUUUUGAUAAAGAGCUUCUCUAUACACCAUUCAAUCAUGAUUUUGGUCCAUUGAAUUUGGCAAUGUUAUAUAGAUAUUGUAAAAAAAUAAACUCUCAUUUACAGCGAAACAAAACGAUCAUUCAUUUGACAACCACCAACCGAUUCAAACGAGUCAAUGCAGCUUAUUUGAUUGGAUCAUAUUGUAUCAUUUAUCAUCACCUACUACCGGAUGAUGUAAUGGCACGUCUUAAACAAUUGAGUAUCAGUUAUGUUGCAUAUAAAACAUUUGCCGCAUUUGUUGAUGCCGGUUUCGAUACUAGUGAAUAUUAUCUAUAUCUGGAAGAUUGUUUUAAUGCUAUUUAUAAGGCAGCGAUAACUGAAAUACUAAACAUGGAGAAAUUCAAUCUAAAUGAAUAUCUAUUCUAUGAAAAAGUGGAAAAUGGUGAUCUAAAUUGGAUUGUACCCGGAAAAUUUAUUGCAUUCUGUGAUCCACAAACAUAUUCUGAUCAUUCAACAAAUCAUUAUGUAAAAUUGUAUAUAAAUUUUUUUCGUAAAAAUAAUAUAACAACCAUAAUACGAUUAAAUAAAAGUCGUUAUGAUCCGAAAGUGUUCACCGAUAAAGGCUUCCAACAUUAUAAUCUUAUAUUUAUUGAUGGUGGUGUACCCGGUGAUCAUAUUGUUGAUGAAUUUCUUCACAUUGCCGAAACAAAUCCCGGCGCGAUGGCUGUACAUUGCAAAGCUGGUCUUGGCCGUACCGGAACAAUGAUCGCCUGUUAUCUGAUGAAACAUUGGCAUUUUACAGCUCUAGAAGCUAUUGCUUGGAUUCGAAUUUGUCGUCCAGGUUCAAUAGUUGGUUAUCAACAAAAAUGGCUCAAACUUAAACAGAACUUUCUAUGGAAUCAUCAUAUACAACAAACAUUAAUUCAACAUCAACAUCUGCAUUUGGAUUUGAAUAAUAUCAAACAACAGCGAACAAUACAAACAGGAAGACCGCAACGAACCGGUCAAUCAGCAAGUACAAGACAAGAAACAUUUAUUAUGAACAAUGAUGAUGAUGAUGAUGAUAUGAUGAUCAAUAGCAAUAAAAAUAAUGAUGAUUCCAACAAUAAUGAUAAUCCAACAAUCAUUACAAUAGUCAAAUGCCAUUUAUUAAAUGUUCAACCGGAUCUUAAUAAUUCAGUGACAACAUCAACGGCCAUCAAUAAUUCCAUAGAUGAAAAUAACUUUAAUCACAAUACAAAUACAAAUACAAAUAAGAUAUCUGGCCAAAAUGGUUCCUGUUUUUCUAUAUCAUCUGAAAUGGAAAACAAUAACAAUAUUAUUAUGGCGGAUAAUGAUAAUGAAAAUAGUACAACAACAUUAACACAAGGAGAUUAUUUGAAUCAAAUUAAAUUGAUGAACAAUAGAAAACGACAGCUACGUAUGAAAAUCAAUCAUUGGUUUCAUAAUAAUAAUAAUAACAAUAAUAAUAAUAGUCAUAAAUCAUCGAUACAAUCAACACAUACAUCAUGUUCAAGCCGUAACAAUAAUGGUGGUAUACGUAAAACUAAUAAUCAAACAAUGAUGAUGAUGAUGAUGACGCCAUCAUCAUCGGAUAUUCGUUCAACGAAAAAUGGAAAAAUGGCCAAUAAUCCGGAACGAAAAUCAUUACAAAUGGCCAAUGAUAUCGAUACCAAUAACAAUUACAAUAAUGGUCACAGUUGAAAAUGUUUCAACUGAUUCUGAUUCACAACACAAAACUACCUUCAUAUUCAUAAUAAUUUUCCAAAAAAAAGUAACAAUUAUUUUUGUCCACAUUUUUUUCUGUUUGUUAACCUUAAUCCAUUCUUAAAUGUUAAUCUCUCAUUGUUUUGUUUCCGUUUUUUUUUCAUCACAUUAUCUGAAAUUUUAUGUCUUCUGUGGUGAACAUAAUUGAAAGAAAUAAACUAGAUCUUAAUAAAUUUGAAACAAAACAUAAAAACCUCGCCUACGAACUUGAAAAUUCAGAUUUAAAUUGUCCAAAAUGAUCUGUUUCGUAUAUGUCAACAAACGGGUUACCAUUGAUGGUUAAAACAGGAGGAGCAGGUAAAAUAAAUUUAAUUACACAUCAUUCAUCAUUUGUUUUAUGAUGCAAAUAAAAUGUAAAAAAAAAAUUCAAAUACAAAGCAAAGUGAUAACAAUGGAGAUUACGAGAAGAAAAAAAAAUUCCAAUAAUAAAGAAAUAUUAUUAUCAAAUUAAAACAUACUUUAUGAUCCGUACAUAUAUUCAAAUAUAAUAAUCCAAAAGUGAGAGAAUAGAAAAAUUCUGAAAUCCAUUUCAAAAAAAAAAGAAUCUAUUCUUGAAACAAUGACAAUUCAAAAGUUAUUUUACAUUCGUUGAUGAUAAAUCUUUUCAUGUGGAUAUUUUGUAUUCAAAAAUUAUUGUCCUGGUUUUUCUUCACUAUAGUUAUAUGUCAUAUGAAUGUUUGCAUACAAAAAUCCUUUCAUCAACAUCAAUCUAUCCAAAAGUGUGCAUGUUUGUGUGUGUGAUGAUUAUGACAAAAACAGAGGCUGUUAUUUACAAACAAACAAACAAAAAAAAACAAAUUAGAUUCAGGUCAUGUCUAUUCAGUAAUAUAAACCAAACACCUUACAAUUAAGGCGAUGAUUGGCGAUGAAUGAUGAAAAUUAUUUUCUUCAUGCCAUAAACAACCAAAAACGAAUAAAUAAAACGGUAGAAAAGAGGCAAAAAACAAGAACAACGAAAUUAACAAGUUUCUAAAAUUUACAGCAA